CUCACACUUGACAUCGUCAUAGGUGCUGUUCGUAUUUCAAUACAUGCGUGCAAUAUUUGCUAAUACAUGUCAUUGCCUUACAGACUUUUCUCCAUCAUGAAGUAUAGUAUAUUUUGUGUUGCUGUUAUAUUUUUUCUAGCACAACAUUUGUCAUUUACAUGCGAGUCGGCUUUAAUCCCAAGUAAGGAAAUCGCAGAUCGCAACACGGAAGAAUCCGACCUAACUUUACAACAAUUGCUGGUGCUCGAGAAAUUUCGCAACGAUAGCAUUACAGAGGGCGGCGAACCUGUAUUAGUACGUGAAGGAAAUAUCGGCGACAUCCUUGCUGACUUAGAGGCACUUCCACCACAUUUCACUCCUGGAAUUGAUGGCCAGUUACCCAUCUCCGCAGAUGAAAUUCACAAGUCAAAAUUACCAGACAAACUCGGUGCUGGCGGUGAUUCUGAAGACAUCAUAGACACUAUAGUGGAAGGAAAAAGCGGUGGUCCCGGUAAGAGCUCGGUCGGUAGUGACCAGCCUUGCACGGAAUGCAAAUCAACCAUGCAGAAGCAGUUGAUUAUCAAGGAAGGUGGCGAACAGUUACUGGAUCAAUUGCGACUCGAACAUAUCAAACAACUCAUUCUCAGCAAGCUUCGCCUUUCCGAACCGCCUAAGCUGCAAAAGACGUCCCUACCGGAACCACUGUCGAGUGGUAGACUACUGACCCAGGAAGACUACGACGAAGAAGGCGCUGUGAAUAUCGAUGAUUUUUAUGGAAAAACAACCCAAGUAAUUGUUUUUGCUGAAAAAAGCAACGUCGCAUGCCACUCCAAGUCACCCGAAGGUUGCUUCGAAUUCAAAUUGACGCCGGAAAUAUUCACAAGUGCCGUCAACUCGGCUCAGCUGUGGGUGUACAAACUGCCGGCUGAAACCAACGACACUCCCGAUCCAUACAUCGUAAUAUCAAAGUUGGCAAGCCCUAAUACACUCACGACAAAAGAGGUGGCGAGACGACAGACCUCUGUCGCGGGAGGAUGGCUCGAUUUUAACGUAAAACACGCCGUGCGAAAAUGGCAGAUCCACGGUAACGCCGAACAUGCACUCAUUGCCCGAUGCGAGAACUGUCCGGUUGAAAAGGGCAAACUCUCUCCUAUAGCGACUGACGAAGAUAGGCGGCCUUUUAUAGUGAUCAACACCAGUGAGCGACACCCCCGUCGAAAGCGUAGUUUUGAUUGUACAGAGUCCAUCUCUAUAUGUUGUAGAAAGUCGUUCUAUGUCUCAUUUGAAGACAUCCACUGGAACGAUUGGAUUAUCGAACCAAGUGGUUUCUAUGCCAACCACUGUAAUGGAUCAUGUGAAGGUAACACUCUACCACGAUAUCAACACACCACAAUGAUGCAGCGAGUGAGCCGACUGUAUAGCCGACACAACUCACAACGACCCAGUGAUCUCACCCCGUGUUGUACCCCUACAGCAAUGUCUGGCAUUACGUUGCUCUACUACAAUAGCACUGGCUAUAUUAUUAAGAAAAACUUGCCGAAUAUGAGUGUUGAGUCGUGUGGUUGUUCUUGAGACCUUGGCAGAACAGUGAAUACCAUAAUUGUUUAUAACAUGAAAUAUCGUUUUUUGUACUUGUGACUCAUUUUUUCACGUGCCAGAAAACGCUAGAAAAAAGUUUUUUUUUCACGUGGGUUCAUUGUUCUCGUCGAAUAUUAGCGGUUUUCGAGGACGUUUUAUGAUGACGUAUAGCACACCUUAGUUGUCAACUCGAAACAACCACUACUUUAACGUUUUAUGAUGACGUAUAGCACACCUUAGUUGUCAAUUCGAAAUAACCACUACUUUAACGUUUUAUGAUGACGUAUUGCACACCUUAGUUGUCAACUCGAGACAACCACUACUUUGACAUCGUUUUAAGAUGACGUAUUACACACCUUAGUUGUCAACUCGAGACAACCACUACUUUAACGUUUUAUGAUGACGUAUUGCACACCUUAGUUGUCAACUCGAGACAACCACUACUUUAACGUCGUUUUAUGAUGUCGUAUUGCACACCUUAGUUGUCAACUCGAGACAACCACCACAGAGGCGGCAGCAGUCUUUUUUGACUGUGGGGCGAAGAUUUUAGGUGAAUGUCAACAAAUCGAGCGAUCAUUUUGGGGGGCUCCGGUGCAUGUUCCCCCCGGGAAAAUUUUGAAAUCUAGACCCUCUGAAACGCUGUUUCCCGCAUUUUGGGGAGCAAAUUUUGUUGGUAUAUUUCUCUUAUGUUUUAGUGGCAAAUAUAGAUGAGUGUUUCACCUUAUUUUAUCGUGGGGGCAACGCCCCCCACGACCUAUUUUUCGUGGAGGCGACUGCUCCCACGAUGCCGCCGCCACUUACUACUUUAACGUUUUAUGAUGACGUAUUACACACCUAAGUUGUGAACCCGAGGCAACCACUUUGUUAACAUCGUUUGAUGAUGACGUAUCAACCUUAGUUGUCAACUCGAGACAACCACUACUUUAACAUCGUGUCCUCGUGUUUCAAGCUAAAGAGUUAAUUGAUGGUUAUUCAGUGUGUCGUCGUCAUUUAAAAAAAUACAUUAUAUGAGUACAUUUUUAUACCCUGAUUAAUGUACAAUAUGGACGAGUAAUGUAACUUUUAAUAUUGAUUAUGAACACGAUGAAAUAAUGACAAUCGUUAUUUUAGUACGUACAACAACAAUCACUGCACGUGCGUAUUAGUGUGUUGUUUUUUUCAAUUUCAAUGUUCUACAAACUCAACAUAUUUAGUUUAUGAUAAAUCCGAUUUGAUAUCGAACAACAAUAUUGCAAAAAAGAUGCUUUCGUCCAUAUUAUAUAUAUUGGACAUUUUUUUUACUUGUGCUUGUAAUGAAUUGUCUGCUUGAUGUCAUGUGGUUUUUUAUUUGAAUAUAUAUUUUUGUCUUUUGCAUGAUUGUUAAUGAUGGUUGUGUGUCGAUGAUGUGCAACUCAUAGCAUGUUAAAUUGAAUACAGAGGCUGAUGUAAAUUGUAAAUUGCAGCCUGAAUAAAUUAAAUAGAAUAGUACAACACAAAAUGAUUUGAAGAGAAACAUGAUAGAGCAACACUGUUACUUCUACCAACACCUUCUUUUUUGUAUUUAUUUAUUAUUUGGGGGGGGUAAAGUGGAUUUUUCUUUAUUUCAACGAAGUUCAUUGAAGUCUCAAUUAUAUUAGAAAGUUACAAAAAUUGUUCACUGAAUCCAAAAUAAAAUCUAAUAUUCACUGAAAAGCAAACCACUGUUUGAAAUUGCCUCCAUGUUUUUAAGUGCGGCCCUAUAGUGUACCACGUGUACCAAUUUCGCAACUCCACUUGUUUACAUGGAGUGUAAAGACAAACGAUGGCGGGUUGUCUGCACUUCUAGACAUAUAUAAAUAUAAAUGAUCCUAUGAUCCUAUAAAUAAAACUGAGAUGUACGAAUUUGACAUUUUUAAGAAAUAUGUAAUAUUUGGCAUCAAUAAUUAUGUAAUAUUUAAAAUGAAAUAUUUCUCAUGAAUGUAAUUUUCAUCACUGUUAUUGUAACGUCAGCGAAGAGCAACAGCGCCCUCACAGCCAAUGUCUCUGUCUCGGUUAUAAGAACUUGUUCAUUUUUGCUCACCUCAACCAUUUGUUAAAUAAACAUAUACAAUAUGCUGGUAUUUUGCAUAAUUAAGUUGUAA